UCUCACCGGGGCGGGGCCCACGCCGGAACCCUCUCUCCUCUCCCGACCUGUCUCUCUCUCUUUCCUUGUCCAGAUCGAGCCGCCCGCCGCCGCCGCCGCCGCCCCUCCGCGUCGAUCUGCCGCUUCCCCAACCCCCGUCGCCGCGCCGCCAACCGCCGCUCACCAUGUUCAAGAAGUUCUCUUCCGAAGACAUAUCCGGGCAGAAUCAGGUCAAGGCGUCUGUGCAGCGGAGGAUCCGGCAAAGCAUCGCCGAGGAGUACCCUCUCCUCGAACCUUUGCUGGAGGACAUGCUUCCAAAGAAGUCGCCGAUGAUUGUUGUCAAAUGCCAAAAUCAUCUCAAUCUUGUGGUGGUGAACAAUGUCCCACUGUUUUUCAACAUCCGCGAUGGUCCAUACAUGCCAACCCUGCGCCUUCUUCAUCAGUAUCCUAACAUCAUGAAGAAGUUCCAAGUGGACAGAGGUGCUAUCAAGUUUGUUCUCUCUGGUGCCAACAUAAUGUGCCCUGGACUCACAUCGCCUGGUGGUGUGUUGGACAAUGAAGUCGAGGAGGAAACGCCAGUGGCUAUAAUGGCUGAAGGCAAGCAACACGCGUUGGCGAUUGGAUUCACAAAGAUGUCAGCGAAAGACAUAAGCACCAUCAACAAAGGAAUUGGAGUUGACAACAUGCACUAUUUAAAUGAUGGCCUGUGGAAGAUGGAGCGGCUCGAGUAAUUAGGACCGUCGAGGGAAGCAGAAUCCGCGGCAAGGCCAUAUGGAACUGUAACUAGGCGCAUCAUGUGUCGUUUUCGCAUGGGAGAAAUCUUAGUUAUCUUAGUUUGGUAUACUAUGCUGCCGCUGAGAACCUUGUAUGAUAUGACACCAUAUCGCUGACCAUUUACACUUUUACCAAUAACACUUCAGAAGAAGACCCUGUUGUUUAUGAUGCCAGCGAAAACAGAAAUAUACACUGUUGUUUUA